AUGAGUGAAGACAUGGAAAUGAAAGAUCAGGCAACGCCCUCACACUCGGUUUCUUCUGCUCUUCCAUCUACAUUGCACCAUUUGAAGGAAAUAGCUUCAAUCAUUGAAACCGGUUCGUACUCAAAAGAAGUCCGUCGAAUUGCUCGUGCCAUGCGCCUUACAUUUGCAUUGAGACGUAAACUUACGGCACCGCUUCUCUCAUCUUUUCUUGAGUACGUUCUCGUGCCCGCUUCUGAACCUCACGCUAAGUUAUCCUCUUAUAUUCCUAAUCCCAAGGCCAAAGCUUGUUCCUCAGCAAGCAUUGUUCGGCUGAAGAGUCUGAAUAGAAGGACUUUUGAUGUUAUUGGAUCGAGACUGUACUUUUAUUACUCGUAUAGCUAUGAGCUUACAGGAGAUCUUGCGGAAAUUCGAGGCAACCUCCUUGCAUUGCACCGGAUUGCUACCCUGCACCAUGAUGAGCUGGGUAAGGAAACACUUCUUAAUCUGUUACUUCGUAACUACCUACACUACAACCUAUAUGAUCAGGCAGAGAAAUUGAGGUCUAAGGCUCCACGUUUUGAGGCCCAUUCAAAUCAGCAGUACUGUCGUUAUCUCUUCUACCUUGGCAAAAUUCGGACAAUUCAGCUGGAGUAUACAGAUGCAAAAGAGUCUCUCCUUCAGGCUGCCUGUAAAGCUCCCAGUGCUGCGCGAGGUUUUCGAAUUCAAUGUAACAAGUGGGCUCUGAUAGUACGUUUAUUAUUGGGAGAAAUACCUGAGAGGACUGUCUUCAUGCAGAGAGGACUGGAGAAAGCUUUGAGGCCUUACUUUGAGCUUACUAACGCUGUCCGGAUUGGUGACUUGGACUUGUUUAAGAAUGUUGCAGAGAAGUUUGGUACAACUUUCAGUACAGAUGGAACUCAUAAUUUGAUUGAUCGGCUGCGCCAUAAUGUCAUCAGGACUGGUUUACGCAACAUCAGUAUAUCAUAUUCAUGCAUAUGGCUAGCUGAUGUAGCUAAAAAGUUGAGGUUGAACUCUGCCGAUCCUGUUGCAGAUGCUGAGAGCAUUGUAGCAAAGGCUAUCCGUGAUGGGGCCAUUGAUGCUUCAUUAGAUCAUGCUGACAGGUGGAUGAUAUCUAAGAAAAUUGGAGAUAUUUACUCUACACAUGAGCCUCAGUUGACAUUUAAUUCUUGGAUUGUCUUUUGUCUUAACAUGCACAAAGUGCUGAGAAGAGGAGAGAAAGACAACAAGAGCAAGAAUUGGCUAAGCAUAUAG